AUGAGUGGCAUCGGCGCGAUACGGGUGCUGCAGCGGUUGUCUAGUAUUACCCGAAGUGAUAUCGACUUAUGCAAGGUACCUGCCCCUGUAUGUGGCAAGCCGUUACGUGCCACUAGGGAGUACCUUGAAACUGCUAAGCAGCCAGAGGCAUGCUUUCAAUGCUUCGUAAGUGAAGGGCUUCCGGACAAGGUUCGCUUUCAGAUCUUUCAUGAUCCCGGGUGUGUUACGCGCCACUUUGAUGCUAUUUAUCUUAAAGAAGAACCACUCAAAUGUAACUGGUGUGAAGUAGGCUUGGUACAUCGAAUGGCGUUCUAG